AUGUCAACAACGAAUUAUCCCACACAAGAUGCUACUCCUACGGUUACACGCCGCCCGUUACAAAUGCAAGAAAAUACAGGCAGUGCUUCACAACGGAGUGGUAAUCGGCGUAGUUUAAGUGUUAAACUUCGAGAUUUAUUUCGCAAAGAUUCAUCAGCAUCUAAUCGCCCACCGAACGAUCAACGUUCGCCCACAUCGCCUGCACGUCACAGUUCAUCAUCGCCCGUCGCUACAUCCGAAGCAACUCACUUUCAGACGCCGCGUAUUCCCUGGCCAUUCGGAAAAAAAAGCAAAUCGUCAACAACAAUGAAUACAUCCAAAACAAAUAAAAUCAAAGUUAAAAAAGAAAAAGGCAAAAUAAAACAACCCACAACAGCUACUAUAUCAAGUCCUGUCUAUGAACAAGAAAAUCAAUCUACAUCAAUCUACGGUCAACAUUUCGUUCCAAGAAGUCCAAAUUUUGAACACAGUACGAACGAACGAAUGCAAACAUCAACAAUGUAUCAGCCGUCAACGACAACAACAGCAAAAGGCUUUCGUGAUUAUACUGUUAUCGAUCAAACACGAUAUCCCCAACAGUCAGUUAUAUCACUCUCGUAA